AUGGACGAUCCAUGGGGCUCCCCGUGGGCAUCUACCGACAACACAAAUGCGCCCUCUACCAGUCCCUCCAAGACCAUCAUCGAACCUCCCCCACCCGCUUUCCUCUCCACCCCGAGCAACCUGAACUUGCCUUCCAGCCAGUCGGCCUGGCUCGAUGAUGAUGCCUUUGGCGAUUGGGCAUCCUCCGACGCCGGACACACCACGAAUGCAUCUCCGUGGACUUGGGGAAACGAUGCUACGCCAAUUGAAGGUCUGACACCGAGUUAUGAACCAAGACCGAGACGGAAGAGCAGCACGCCCAGAUGGCCUCGAAGCCGAUCACCCUCGCCGGGGCUAAGACCUCCCAUUACUCCCAACACCGCCCCUCACCUGGCUUCCCCAGGCCAGCCCUCACCCGACCCCUGGGCGAACCACGUAUCGAACUACACAAAAGACGAUCCUGAACCAUUAGCGGAUCUUCCCCAGAUACCAAACGUGCCUCCGCUUGUGCUCGAGCAAGCGCAGAUCGGUCUGGGUUUGACGAAUCCUCCCAAUGCGUUCGAGAAAGAAUUCAUUGCCCAUACACCAAUAACAACACAAUUCACUGAAUCCCUUGCCGAACCCUCACACGAAUACCUACAGUUCAGCGAUACCCCGAUUUUCGACCGAUUCCCUACCACCCCUGAGCAAGGUCGCGAUGCUGCUCACUCUUCAGCCUCAGCCUCGUCUGACAAUGACGACGAAAACGACGAUCAGACAGACGCGAGACACGCCGACUCCCCCAUAACAUCCAUUGAAGACAAUGCCUUGCCCAAACCUGCGCAGAGGAAAGCUUCUGGCAAGGUUCUGGAGCUCGUUGAGAUGUAUGAUGGCAUUGCCAAGCGAACCACAAAUUCCCCUGAGCGGGCGCCUUCAUUACGCCGUAGUGUAAGCCGGGAACCAGAUGCUGACCCAGAGGAUAUGCAACCUGGCCAGGACAUCACCAAAGAUGGCAGGGCAGCUGGGGAUCAGGAGCUUACGGAAUCUCGCGACACGACGGCUUCGACCGCGGAGGAAUCUAUUGACCAAGGGAGCAAAGCUGAAGAGGACCCCGUCAAGAUUGACAAACCGACACGCCCAAAUCACGAGUCCUUCAAGGUUGACCUCCAGCACCUCGAGCUUCUCCUGCCAGACAUCGCCUUGGAUUCAUCAAUCUCCCCCGAAGAUGUACCGGAUCGAGUCAUACAUGACAGCUUCGCGAGCAUCUCCGAGCGCAAGAUGUGGUAUCGAUUAUCCCGCCACGAAUCUUUGCGUAAGCAUAAUGCGGGAGACGAUGACAACUAUGUUCGGAUCAAUUGGACAAAUUCGACUCUGCGGCAAGAAACAUUGAAGACUGUUCGUCGUUGGAUAGAGGAAGAUUCAUUCGGAGGAAGGCCUUUCCGGGGAGGGCUGGCACGAACUGCAGGCGGCAAAAGCUUUGGCUGGGACGCGACAACAGCAGCAUCUCCGGUCGACCUUGACAGAGUAUUCGGCCGUAAGGCGAAGCGGAAGGCGUCGAUUCAUCGGCCAACGCACUCAAUAAGCGGCCUGCCUUCUCUAUCGGCGGCCCCUACACUCCCUGGCUCUACGGGGAGCACGCCAGCCAUGGGACAAGGCAGCGAUAACUGGGAAGGUCUCGCGACCUUCGGCUGGAGCAGCGGGCCUGGUGAUAUAAAACCACCGACGGCAACGGCAACGCAAGAUCCUCAGGUCAAGAGCAUACCACUGCCUCUGGCUUUCACCGGAUUCGAUAAUGCGCCAACGUCCCGGGCGUCCCUGCCGGCGUUUCUGAAGCCGAUCGCGCCGACUCCUCUACCAGCAUCAAGCACCACAAGCUUAAAGGAGGUGGAGGACGCGGAUGCGGAGGAUGAUGAAUGGGGAGACAUGGUUUCUCCAACGACGGCUGAAGCAACGGAUUCCACUUCCCUUCCCAAGACUAGUUGGGAUUCGUUCUCAACCAACCCGCUAGCCGAAGUCACAAGCAUGCCGCCUCCCGAUGCUUUCUUGACUAGCAGCCACCCGGGAGCCGAUGCACUCCGCACCGGGAAUAACAAAGAAAAUGAUUCCCGUAACAAAUCAGGACUGUGGGAUAUUGGCAAUGUCAUCGGCAGCCCCGCCCCCGCCUCCACAUCUUCUGCGGCAGCAGGCGUACCCCAAAGCCAAGACGGCCUUCUCAGCCCGUCAGUAACAUCUCCAUACACAUUCAGGCCGGCGUCUACGGUCAAGCGACCAGCAAGUAUCUCCAUCGCAGCCACUCUCAACGACCCGCCGGACCCAUUGCUGUCUGGUAUAGCCGGCGUAUCUGCGGGAGGGCCUGCUGAAACCCCACGCACAACGGGCUUCCAGACGCCGUCCACGGCGCUGCCGUCCAAGACGAGCACCGAGGAUUAUGAUUUUGUGCAGCAAUUUGUGCAUGAGCUGCCAGAUUUAUCGUAUAUGCUUAGAUGA